AUGGACAAGCUCAAGCGGGUGCUGAGUGGCCAAGACACGGAGGAGCCAAGCGGUCUGUCCGAGGUUAUUGAAGUGCCUUCGUUAAGUUGGGGCACCAGAAUGAAAGGCUUCGUUGCUUGCUUUGCAAUGGGAUGCUUGUUCUCCAUCUUGGGUAGCUGUCUGCUGUGGGCACCAAGGAAAGGACUGACACUCUUUGCAGUGUUCUAUACACUGGGCAAUAUUGCAUCAAUUGGAAGCACUCUCUUUCUUAUGGGACCAAUGAAACAAUUGAAGAGAAUGUUUGAGCCUACACGUUUAAUUGCUACUACUGUUAUGCUAUUGUGUCUCGUACUAACACUGUGUUCAGCUUUCUGGUGGCAUAAGCAAGGACUCGUCCUCCUUUUCUGCAUCUUGCAGUUUUUUGCCUUGGCAUGGUACAGCAUUUCCUUUAUACCAUUUGCAAGGGAUGCUGUGAAGAAAUGUGUUGCUGUUUGUCUGACCUAA